CCAAACCACAUAACCAAGCCAUGAACAGGUCAAAAGAAAUGCCAUAACGCUGAAGCCAUGAACAGGUCAAAAGAAAAGCCAUAACCCUGCCACGAUAAAGCACGCCACCCAACAAACAGCUGCCCAAAGCCUUAAACAAGUAACCAAAUGUCAAAAACUGCGCCAUAAAGAGGCCACAAAGAACACCCUCCAUGUAGCACCAAUAAAUAGAGCACGCUAGUGACGGCCCAAGCCUUGGGGAGAUGAACCAGGCAAACCACGAAAUCGACAGCACAGUAAUAAAGCGAGAGGCAGAGAGAAAUGGAAGCACCAGAUCGAGAUAAACCGAGAGGCAGAGAGAAAUGGAAGCACCAGAUCGAGAUAAACCAAGCAUAGCAGUAAAGCGAGAGGGAGAGAGAAGUGGAAGCACCGCAACCCAAGCGGCAUCGCAUCGGUGACCCAAGCAACAGAUCCAGUGGCAACCAAACUGUAGACCCGGCGAAAGCAACAGCAGCAACCUCAGCCACACCCCAAGUGGCAGACCCCUUAAUGGCGACCGUGACAACAAUGACCGAAGCUAUGACCCAAGUAGAUCCAGUGGCGACGUAGUCGAUAGACCCCGCGGAAGCAGCACAUUGACAGCAAACAACCUCAGUAGUGAUCCAAGCGACAAUGCAGAUGGCAGAAACCAAUGGCAACCUCAAUCAAUGGAAGAACCAACCUCAAACCAUGGGUGCCUUUAUGCACGCAAAUCAGUCCAUUGCAGCAACUUGACAACCGGGCAUCAACAAACUGGUUGCUAAAUGAUGAACAUAAAGAUAGGAUUGAAGAGGUUGAUGGUGCCAGGUUAAGUGGCACAUAUCCUGAUGAGUCGUAUGCUUUUUCAUCUCCUUCAAGAGUGGCCACUAGAGGAACCAAUGGAAAACUUUCGCCUGGAAAACCUUCUCCAACCAAAGCGCAUCAUAUGACCCCUUUUGGGCAAAGGACCAAUACGUUUGUUUUGCAGUUUGAAUUCAAUCUUCCAAAAGCCAAAAUGGUAUAAAAGAAGGGGAAAUUGAUUAUUUAGAAGAUGAUGUCAUUAGAAGAGUUAAGCCUAUAAAAAGGUGUUCAUUGCAUGUCCGAGAAUUGGGGCCAAAGCCAGGUUGCAUAUUCAUGUAUGAUAAGAUUAAGGACUGGGUAAAAGGCAUAUGCUUGCACUUGUCUCUUUUCUCUUGUAGGUUUACUAGCAAUAGUUUUCCUCACUAAGAGAGUAUGUCUUCUUUUCUUUUUUAGA